CGGGGCUAUUGCACAAAACAGGAAGUGAAAGACUCCCAUCUCAGUGACUGCGGCAGUAACUGUUAGAUCCCUACAUUUCUUCAUCUUUUGUUUGUUCAGCUGAACAUUUCUUCAUCGCCUCCUUCAUUUUGACAGUGAUCACAUGUUCUUUACACGGUUUGUUACGCAACAGUCGGUGAUUAAAGGGUCAGAGUCCAGUGCCGCGCCCCACACACUCUCUCAGGUGUUUGUUUCUGCUCUGACUCUCUCAGACGGCGGAGGACAUGGCCAGCACUGGAGAUCUGGAGCCCACACACUACCCGGCGCGGCGGGCGGCUCAGGUGGCCCUGCAUUACCUGAACACACACCACGGCUCGCCCUUCAGGGUGUUCGGACUGCAGCAGGUGCACAAGGCCAGUGCGGAGGAUGUGGAAGCAGGAGGCAGGAAGUACAAGCUGGAUUUCUCAGUGACGGACUGGGCCAGUGGCAGUGCGGGCCCAGCGCUGCGGUGCUCAGCGGACGUGUUGUUCCCUCGGACGGAGCGGCACAGUGCUCCUGACGUGAAGCUGCGCUGUGAGGCUCUGCAGCAGAUCAACCGCACAGCGCAGGAGGAGGAGGCUUUCUACCAGAAACACAUCACGCCUGACAGCGCCGUCUCUGCGCGCGACAUACCAGACAGCUACGGUAACAUGAGCGAGGAGAUGCAGCCGUUCUGGCGUUUGGCUCGUGUGGCCGCGUCCUUCAUCAUGCUCAGAGAGUCCAGUGAGAACACAGAGUUCAACAUGGCUCAGGUGGCCAGCGUCACACAGCAGGAGUCGAGCGAGGAGCAGCUGAUGUUGGAGUUUGUGGUUCUUCUUCAUGACCUCCCCUCGCAGGAGAUCGUUCAGUGGAAGCUGCUGGCGUCCUGGUCUCCAGACAGAGGCGUCAGGGUCCUGCAGACCGAGUGGCAGCCCAGAUGCCCUCACGCCACCAAACCACCCAACUAACCCUGUGCUAAACCUGUGCUAACCCUGUGCUGAAUGUGUGCCGGUCAUCCAGACCAAUAAAGACAGACCGAUACAG